ACUGCUUGAAUCGUUACCUGUUCAUUCGUGCAGUUCAGUUUUCAUUUGUUCUAUAAGUAAUAAAUAGUUGAUAAGUCACGUGCUUGAGUGCGAAUUUAUCUAGAACGUGAUAAAUUAAAAUGCUGGCGACUGAUAAAAGAGAAAAUUUUAUUUUGUCAACUGCAAUAAAUUUCUUCGGAAUCGAUGUUAAAAAAAGUGCUUUCGACUUAUUGAAUCCCGAAGAUCACGCAGUGUUGGAUAAAUUUCUAGAUACUGCAAACAAUCGGAGUAUUUGCGCUGGAAAAUGCGACGGAAAUGAUGAUGGAGGUUUAAAAUUGACUAGCGAGCCUCAGUCUGCCACAAAAUGUCUCGUAUUUUUUAAGCUAAGAUCAUCUCAGGUUACGGUGGAUAACUUCCAUGAUCUCGUUCAAGUGGCAUCAACGAUCGGGAAUCCUGGAUCGACGUUUCUUGAAUCAUUGCGUCAGGUAUGGAGCCCAACGCUUCAGUCAUCCGGAGUAACGUUAACCUGCUUGAAAAAGAUCGAAGAAGACAUUCUGGGUCCGCGAGACCCAGCGAGUCUACAGGAGGAAGAAACUUACUGGCGGGAAAAAUUUGAACGUUCAAAAAAAACCAGCGAGAAAAAAGCGAUACAGGAUGCUAUUAAACUGAUCGCAGACAUCAGGACCGAGCUGGAAACAGCAGCGACCUCUCGCGAUGGUCUGUCGGGUCUAGAGGAGACUAUAGAAAUAAUCAGUGGGUACAUCGAUGAUUUAUGGAAACUGGAGACUCCGAUUUACACUGAAGCAAAAAUGAAGACGCUCCUCAAUAUAAUCGGGCGCGAGAUUCUGACGUUGGUUCAGUUACUCCUGAAUGAAGUGACUCACAAAGAUUCAAGAUCAAAAGACGAAGCAACUUGGACAGCUUCAUCAAUCUGUGAAAAAUGGGUGUCAUCUUGCGAACGUCACACUAGUUUGUUCUGGCCACAUCAAUCCUUACAUCCAUGGAAGGGUUCCCCAGUCAUUCCUGCCGAGUGUUCACAGAUUGGAGAUCGCCUAAAACAAACCGCAGAAAUACGACUCCAGUAUCGGCAGUUGACGCGUUUGCUGACGGACUCCGAGCGCCAAAGUCUCGAUACCGAAAAUCUUCUUCACCAAUUCGAGGACUACAAGACGCUCUUCGAUCUCGACAAAACUAUGGAAUGGGAAAGGAUCAAGCGUAGAUUUGAAGAAAAUCUAGCCCCAGCUGAAGAACGCGUUACUGAAAAGUUGAAAAAACAAUUGGCCGAAAUAGAUACGCCAGUGGUUUUGAUCUCUGAGGUCGAACGGUAUACUGAGUUGAUAAAGCGCCCAAGGAUCAAACAGAAUCUACGAACAGAGCGUGAAAAUUUAUUUUCUGCCAUUGAUGACAUCAUAGAUAAUUAUCAAUCAGGUCCAGAUGUCAAAGAACUUCUUGAUAUUCCGCAUAUAUUGCAAGAAGUCCAGGCUGCACGUUACGCUGAAAAUAAACUAAAAAAUUUAGAAAAACUCUCUAAGGAAUUGCUGAAUGAUCUACCGAAUUACAAGCCUGCUACCGAACGAAUCCACGUGGCUGCGCGUGAAGCCGAAACAAAACGCGCGCAACUGGUGGAGGCGUGGAUAAAAGACACCCAACAGUCAAUUGCUAUGAAGGAACUGACCCUUGGAACAGACUCAGCAGUCGUAGAACUCGUCGGCACCAGUAUGAUGAAGGUCAACUACGACUCGCGACUAAUGACUCUGAUCAAAGAGGCACGAGCGCUUUCGGGCCAGGGCAUUGAGCUGCCACGCGAGAUUAAAAGUCUCGUGGAACGCGCAGGUGCACUGGCUGGUCGCGCACGUGAGUUGCAGAAGAUCGCUAACUUUCAUAAUACUAUUGGUGACCGUAUGAUAGCCUCACAGAGGCCGCUGAUGCUGACGACUGCCAUGGAGUUCGCGCGUGCGGUUCAGGAACAGAAGGGAGUCGUUUGGUCCGAUUUGCACGCCAUCGAUGUCUAUAUCACUCGGCUCAAAGAAUACGUUCAAAAGUUCGCGAGACAGAACUCUGAACUCGCGUCUAAGCAUAUCUACUUGAGGGACCUAGUCGCUAAUUUGUUGAAAGGCGAGGUUGUCAAUUUGAUUGGAAGUCAGGUUGCGUGGAAAGACACGCUCAAGACAAUGAGGAGCGUUGUUGAUGAUGUGGAUGCUAAUUAUGGGAAUACCAAGGCUUGGAAACUGCAUUGGGACCGUCAGUUGUUGAAAGUACUCGAUAUUGCUUAUAGGGCGGCGUUACCAAAUUUAGUUAAGAAACUACCAGAAAUUCAGAUCGAAUUGAUAUUUCGUGACAAUAAGCUGCAAUGGCGCCCAACAGUUGAAGAAAUUCGGGCUAAAAUAUAUUCGGCUAUCAAACGUUUUCUUUCGAUUCCGCUUAAUUUUCGUGGGGUUGGAAGCCCACAAGAUGCUAAAUUCAGUAUUAUUGUUGAAAAGAAUGCUUAUCUCUUUGGCGGAGUUUAUAAAGAUGCCGAAGCGGCUAUCGAAACACUGAAUGCUGUCAAGUUGAAGUGGAUGCCACUAGCUGAACCUGCGACGGCAGAUAUCGCUGACAAGCUGAAAGGAAAACCACCGAAAGAAUGGGAGAAAGCCUUCAAGGAUGCGAAACAGUGGGCACAACAAAUUGGGAAACUACGCGGAGGAGAAAUUAAGUUAUGGUGUUUUGCCAUUGACACCGCGACAACACGCAAUGAUUUAGAAUCAGCGACACGUCGUACGUGGGAUCGGUUGUCAACGGAAUUACGCUCUGAGGCAGCAGAGAGAUUAGUGACCUGCGUAGAUUUCCUCAGCUUGGCAGGCCGAGAUUUAGAUCAUCGUCCCAAAGAUAUUGAGGAAGUUGCGCUGGCUUAUGAGGCCCAUCGGAGAAUAGAACGAGACACUCCACGAAUUGCCGCAGAGCUUGAAUGUGCAACGGGGCUCGCACGAAUCAUGGCAGCUUGGACACGUGAGAAGUUGGACGGACUCUCUGGAGCUCAUGCUGCAUGGGAAAGUCUCGCAGAUCGUUUGGACCGACAUAAGAUGAUUGUCGCACGUCACGUGGAUGAUGCGAAAUUAAAUCUUCGCCAUCGUGCUGCUGCGCUGAAAGACGAACGCGAACGCUGGGAAACCCGUUGGUCAUCCAAGCCGAAUAUAGUUACCGUUGACUGGAUCGCCGGAAUGCGCGAACGCUGGACUCUGCUGGAAGAUCAGCGUGACUCUGUAAUCACUGAUUGCCAGCGUGUUGGUCUUGAGGUUGCUGAAGUUUUCGAUGAUGAAUCACCAGAGGUCUCGCGACGUCUGGAAGCUGAGUUAGAGGCCGAAGAAUCUAAUUGCCGGUUCCAGGAAGAAUUCAUUCAGGAAUUAGAUGGUCAGUUGUCCGAAGAAUGGACUGUUGCGCGACGUCGCCUUCCACGAUUUCACGACUGGUUGGAUUCGUGGCGCGAGCGUAUCAAAGUUCAAGUAAAGGAGCCUCCAGCAGAAUCUACGGAGAUAGAUACGUUUGUUGGAAAGCGUCUUCGAGAGCUGCGUCACGCUGCUGAGCUCGUCCAGCUCGUACGCGGUGAUGAGCUGGCUGAUGAGCACUGGAGUGACUUGAAGAAACUUCUAGGUCUCGAAGUAAGCACACGAGACAUGACUCUAGGCAAUUUGAUCGAUGUUGCAUCUAAAAUUGAAGACAAUGUUGAAAAAGUACGUGAUGUAACCAAACGCGCGUUGGCAGAAAAUGGAAUACGCCAAGCAAUUGUUGAGUUAGAGGCCUGGGAAUCUAUGGCUUCCGUUCAACUUCAGGACGCCAAGGACAGCAAAGGGCGAGACAUUUUGUUGAUGGGCGAGUACGGGGAAUUACUGUCACGUGUGGGGGAGCUAAAGUUACUUAUUGAAGGCGCUAAGGGUGCUGCGGGUUUCGAACGAUUUGCUGCGCGUGCUGGUCGCUGUGAAUCUGCGCUCUUUGAACUCGAGGAACGCGUUAAGGUACUGGGCACCGUUCAACGCAAGUGGGUUUAUCUGGAACCAGUCUUCAGCAGUGGAACCGUAGUGACACCAGCAAAUGACAACGGGAAGUGGUCUCGUGCAGACAAAGAGUUUCGACACUUCAUGAGUGAAGUAUCACGUGAUCCGCGCGUUCCUUCAUUGCGUCGUUUGCCUAUGCCAGCGUUAGUGAAUCUGAAAGACCUACUGGAUCGAUGUCAGCGGAGUCUUGAUGAGUUCCUUGAAGAAAAGCGCGCUGCCUAUCCUCGUCUUUACUUUUUGAGUGACGAAGAUCUUCUGGAAUUGAUCUCCGGAAGCAACGCUGGUCUGAAAAGUCAUUUGCCGAAGCUCUAUCAAGGAAUUGGUAGUGUAGACAUCCAAAAUGGCGCCAUAGCUGCUAUUGUCUCCCCGGAAGGUGAAGUUCUGACCCUGAUGCAGCCGGUUGAUCUCGCAGACUCACUGCCAUCUUGGCUGAGAAAUCUAGAAGACGGAAUCCGUGCUACGCUUGCCAAAAAUCUUGACCAAUGUUACCAAAACCGGUCCCUAGAGCCUACGAAGUAUCCUAGUCAGAUUUUGUUGCUCACAGAGCGAAUCCAUUUCACAGAACGCUGCGAGGAUGCUGUGCGUAAUGGAAAAAUAGCUUUGAAGACGUUGGUCGAGCAUUUGGAAGCCCAGAGAGCUAAAUUCCGAACUCUAGAAGAUGCUAAUGAUCAGCUGACUGCUUUGAAAGCACGCAGUCUCUUGUUGGAGACAGUCCAUCACCUAAAUAUCGUGCGUAGCUUGAUAAGUGUCGUAGAGACCGGUGGCAAUACAUCUUGGACCUGGAACCGGCAGUUGCGUUGCUACAAAACGAACCAAGGACCGGUUAUUAAAUGCGCCGGAGCUGAGUUCCAGUAUCGCUUUGAGUAUCAAGGUGCGGCUAUUGGUCUAGUGCGUACGACUCUAACAGAAAAAUGUUUUCUCGCGUUGACUCAGGCCAUGAAACUAGGACUAGGUGGCAGUCCAACCGGUCCAGCUGGUACUGGAAAAACUGAGAGUGUUAAAGCGUUAGCCUCUAUAUUAGGGCGGCUGGUUUUAGUAUUCAAUUGUGAUGAAGGUAUGGAUGCGAGCAGCAUGAAGCGAAUUUUAGGUGGUCUCGCACAAGCAGGCGCCUGGGGGUGCUUCGACGAGUUCAAUCGCCUUGAAGAAAAAACUCUUAGCGCAGUAGCGAUGCUAGUCCAGCCUUUACAGCAGAGUCUGCGAGAUAACCUAUCGCAUGUGCAACUAGGGGAUCAAAAAAUCGCGCUCGAUCCUCAUUGCUGUGUCUUCAUAACCAUGAACCCAGCGGGUAAUGAUUAUGGAGGGCGUAAUAAACUUCCUGACUCACUAGCGCGUCUCUUUAGACCUAUAGCUAUGGCACAUCCCGAUCGCUACGAUAUUGUAAAAGCACUUUUAGAGUGCGCAGGCUUUCAAGAAGCAUCAACUCUAGCUGAGCAGUUAGUAGAAACUUUGGACAUUGCAGAGAAGCUUCUAACCUACCAGCCACACUAUGAUUGGAGUCUUCGCGCUUUGAAGUCGGUCUUAGAUUCUAUUUCAUCUUCCCUCAUUCAAGACGAGUGUCAAAGACUUCUGCAAGCCAUCAGAUCUUCAACUGUCCCCAAACUAACGGAGGAAGACACGAUCAAGUUCAAUCAGAUCCUUCAGGACGUCUUCGUUAACCAAGAUUUCAAACAUCAGCCUUCUCAAGACCAGCAGACACUUCGCAAUAUUCUAGAAGACAUCUGCCGUGCGCGUAACUUGACUGAAGGUACUGCGGUUCGUUGCGAACAGCUCUACGACCAAUUGCGUAGCCGGACAGGCGUCGCUAUCGUCGGGCCACCUGGUUGUGGGAAAACUCUUGUCAGAAAAGUACUUUUUGAAGCUCUAGUCAAGCAAGGAAACAAUUUGAGAGAGAUAAACAUAUUUCCUGGCGCUAUUCCCAAGACGCAGCUACUGGGUCGCGUUGACUCGCAGACCAGAGAGUGGAAGGACGGUCUGCUAUCAACAGCAGUGACUUCUGUUGCCGAGGAAUCACUGUGGAUAGUUUUAAAUGGCGAUGUAGAACCCGUUUGGGCAGAAGCCUUGAAUUCGGCACUUGACGACAAUCGGAUAUUGACCCUAGCCAGUGGCGUUAGCAUCAAACUCAACCCACGCGUUAGGUUCAUCUUUGAGACCCACCAGUUAGCAGGCGCAAGUCCUGCAACCGUUUCGCGACUUGGCGUACUUCAUUUAGCGACGAUGCCAGUGUCUUUGUUGCUCUCGUCCUCAGUUCUCGAUCCUCUGCCUUCUGUAGUAAGACAAGUCGCUGAUAAACUACCGGUUGUAGUGGAACGGGCGCUGGAGAACGAGAAUACUGAAGACACUGCAUCGCGCGCAGGUUUAAUCAACGCACUGUUGCCUCAUUUUCAAUCUUCGGCUACGCUGAACUCAGUAACAUACUCGCUGCUGAUGUCCACGUGCUUUCAAGUUGAGAAACAAGACGCACGGAACGCAUUAGGGAAUUUCAUUUAUCAAACUCUGGAUUCCUGGUGUCCAGAUCCACAGCGUCCGCUCGAUGUCGUCUACAAUCGAGAGAUCGAUCGUCUGGAACCAUUUGGCGAGCAGACCAGGCUGAUUGAUAAUGAACCUCCCGUCCUGAUCACAAAUAUCCUAGAUCGUGGAUUGAUGACUAUUUCACCCUGGAUAGAAGCUGGACAGCCUACACUACUCCGUGGGUCACGUGGCAGCGGCAAAAGCAGCCUGAUAACUGCAGCUCUGCAUGCGCUCAAGGAUAAAGACUCUGCAAGUAUUGUCUUCGGAUCUUCAUUGUUCGGCAACGCGGACCUGAUAAACCGGCUCAAGAGAUCUUGUGUACGUGUAGAAUCAGCGAAUGGACGUGCGUACAGACCACGUACUGGCUCUAAGAUAAUUUUGGUCAUCGAGGACUUGCAUCUUGGGGCCAAAUCACUGCAAGAACUUCUCCGUCAGCUGCUAGAAGACAAAGGCUUCCAUGAAGACGACCUAGAGUUCGCGAGCUUACCUGUCACUGUUCUAUCGACUGCUGAUAAAUCAACUCAUCUUCAUCCAAGGCUCAAUGCUCUGCUAUCGACUCACCAGCUGAUGCCUCCAACGACCGGUGAUCUCCAGGCGAUCAUUGAAGUCCACUUGAAACACGCGCUAAAGAAGAUCACGUCUGUCGAAUCUGGGUCCUGGGUCUCGUUCUUGGCGUCGGUGAUGCAGGACUCGAUUUCAGCAGUCAAAGAAUUCUCGUGGACUUCAAAAGAUCUAAGUCGUUGGGCAGAAACUCUGCAGAAUUACCCAAUGCCAGAGAAUCAAGAAGACAUUGCCCGCUAUCUUCUAGAUGCUGGGGUCCAUUUAUUCUACCCAAGAUUGAGUCGAAAGGACCAGUCACGUUGGAAGUCAACCCUAAAACUGAAAAUACCAGACCUAAAGACCGAAAACGACAAUCUGUACAUUUGGCGAGGUGGGAAUGCAGUUCUUAGCCCUCUGGCUCCAGAAUCUUGGAAACAGGAGAUACAGAACGUGAUUUCCAAGUGCCUACGCGAAGGUGAAGCAGUGGGAACUGUUCUUUCUGAUCAUCUGCUUCAAAUGACUGCCACUAUCAGCUGGUCAUUUGGUGCUGGAUUCCGGGGAUUGGUAAUGGCAGGACGUCCUGGAGGUGGCAGAAGAUCAGCAGCACGUCUGAUAGCUUCAGUGUCUUCGUUGAAACUGAUCGACUCAGGCCCAGGUCGUGGAAAAGUUUCUAUCAAGGCAGCGGUUCAAUCAGCGGGCAUUGAUGGAGAGCCAACAUUACUACUGCUAGAGGAACAUCAUCUGCGUGAAGAAGGCGUGAGUAAUCUUGCUGGCGCCUUGGUAUCACGAGGAGAAAUCCCAGGUCUUAUGGCUCCUGAUGAACUAGACACGCUGGUAGCGCCCUUGACUGACUUGGCACGUAAGGAAGACUUCACUGGUGGUCUUGAUCAAUUUCUGUACCACCGCCUUCGUAGUUUCCUACGUGUCGUGAUCAUUCUGGACUCCGCAGAGCUCAAUAGCAUGGCCGUGCUACAAGACGCGUUGGUGAUCUCUGAGACUCCUAACGCUGAGUGGUGGACUCUGGAGUCUCGCCUCCAAGAUCUCGGAGUCCAAGUGAUCCCAGAAGCUUCAGACUCUCCAGAAUCAAUUUCUGGUCUUAAACAUUUGAUAGAAACUCACCUGCAUGCUCCACGUGCUCAACAAUCUCCAGCACGCUUUUACGCGCUUUUAAAUUCUUGGCGCGAACUUCGCGCAUCCUGGACCAGGGACGUAGAAUCAAAAAUCUCUAGUUUAGAGGCAGGGAUUGGCAAACUCAAAGAAGCGGGUGACAAAGUCGCUAAGCUAGAAGACGAGGCCUCUAGACAACGCAAAGAGCUGGAAGUACAAACAGGCAGAGCUAAUGCAGCAUUAGAACAAAUCACUGCUACAAUGCGAGGCGCUACUGGGCAACGUGGAGAAAUGACGAGUUUGAAAGCCAAUACUGAAAAAGAGAGUGCGGAACUUGCGCGUCGCAAAGUCGCUAUUGAAAGCGAGCUUUCCAAAGUUGAGCCUUUGGUUGAAGCAGCCUCUCACGCAGUAGCAAACAUCAACGCUGAUGCUUUGGCUGAGGUUAGAUCACUACGCGCACCUCCCGCGGCAGUUCGCGAUGUCUUGGAAGGCGUCCUACGUCUUAUGGGCAUCAAAGACACAUCAUGGAACAGCAUGAAGAUAUUCCUAGCGAAGCGUGGGGUCAAAGAUGAAAUCAGGACCUGGGAUGCGCGACGUAGCACCUCAGCAAGUCUAGAAGCCGUUCAAAAACUCGUCAAAGAACGUCCAGAGUCAUUUGAAGAGAAGACUGCACGUCGCGCUUCAGUAGCUGCAGCUCCAUUGGCUGCAUGGGUGCUCGCUAACCUUCAGUAUGGUCAGAUUCUCCAACAAGUCGCUCCUUUGGAGCGUGAACAGCGUCAAUUGUCUGACAAAUUAGCCGCAGCGGAGGCUCAAAUAGACAAAUUAUCUGAGGGUCUCAAUUCAGUUGAGUCGCGCGUGAAGCAGCUUCAGGAACAGCUGGCUGAGCAUUCUCGUGGCGCUGCUGCGCUUCAAGUUCGCUCGGAAGCUACCGAAGCUAGUCUGAAGACUGCUCGCGCGUUGUUAGAAAAACUGGACGCAGAAUAUCGCGACUGGGAACAGCAGUUAGAGAUGCUGACUACGCGGAAGACGAGAUUGGAUGUCGAAGCAGCUAACGCAGCGAGUCUGCUCGUCUAUUCGGAAUCAGCCAAAGAUGACAAAUGGAGGCGCGAAGUCAUCGAUCUACUGGCUUCCGAGCGCGAGCGCCUUAUUUGGCGAGCUCAGGAUCUACCAGCAGACUCUGUAAGCAUCGCGGGCGCGAUCUGUGCGCUUCGUGGUCCUUUAGUGCCUCUAUUUAUUGACGCCAGUGGGGUUGCUGUCAAUUGGCUGAAGCUCAAUCUAGAAAAUCAGCUAGAAGUUACUAAGCCAAGUGAUGCCAAGUUCCUGAUGACUCUAGAACUGGCAGUGCGCUUUGGCAAAGCGUUGCUGGUUGAAGAAAUUGUCGAGUUACCGUCGAUUCUACUUCCGUUGCUCCGCAGAAGGUCACUGAAACUCGGCGACAGGGUUCUCAAUGUCCAAGGGGGAUUUAAAUUAUUCUUAGCUACCAGGCGCGAUGAACUUGAUUCACUCCCACGUGAAGCUGAUGCCGUGCUGUUCAAAAUUACCCUGGGUGCUGGCACCCGGAGCUUAGCUGAGCGCUUCGUUGAGAAGGCGCUGCUGCAAGAGACUCCAGAGCUGGACAAGCAGCGUCGCGAAGCUCUGGAGCUCGAAGAAAAGCUCGCAGGUGAGCGCGACCAGGCACGAGUGGAUCUGCUUGCUCAGUUAGCCAACGCACGUGGCGAGGAUCUGCUUCAAGACACUUCUGAGUCUACGCCAAACUCUCUGCUGUCUUCACUGGAAGCCACGCAGGCCAAAGCCAAAGAAAUAGCUCGCGCGUUGGAACAAAAUAGUCAAAGACGCGACCAAGUGACUCAACGCGCGCGUGAGCACGAGAAAUUAGCGAAGUUCGCUGCCCAGUUAUUUAAAACGGUCAAGUCGCUCGCGCUUCUCAACUCGCUCUAUGUUUUUAGCGUCGAAGCGUUCACGGAAAUUUAUCUAGAGGCUGAGAAGUACCGGAAGCAGUUAGUAGACGUAGAUAAGAAAGAAGCUGAAGGUCUUAUUGAAAAGAAAAUGAUCGCAUUGACUCUGAAUUACUGCACCAAAGCAUCGUAUCGCAAAGAUAGAUUACCUCUCGCGCUUUAUCUCGCUCUGAUGAUCUAUCCAGUAUCAGACAACGAACGCCAUCUUUUGUUCAAAGACCCCGCAAUUCUAAGCCCUCUAACACCAGACAAAGACCUCGCGCAUGAUCGCGACGCGUCAGUCCCCGACUGGGUCCCGGAAGAACGGAAACCUGCUAUUCGCGCUCUGGUUUCUUCAAUUCCCCAGCUGGCGCAGAGACUUCGCAGUGAGUGGCUAGAGGACUUGAACACGAUUUACAAGGACACGUCAUGCAGCUCGUUCCAAAAGUUGCUGAUAAUCCAGGCCCUGAGGCCCGACUAUCUCAACACUGCGUUAACGAAGUACGUGACCGAGAAGUUGAGCAUCAAAGACCUGGCGCCCAGUGCCUGGACACUGGAAUCUGUAGUCGAGGGCCAGAAACGCCCGGUACUGUUUUUGUUGUCACCUGGGGCGGAUCCAGGUCCAGAAUUGAGCAAUUUGGCCAAACGCAUGGGGUUCACUGGUGGAUUCAGUGAAGUCUCAUUGGGACAGGGUCAAGUUGAACAGGCGGAAAUGAUGAUCGACAAUUCCUGCAGAAAUGGCGGAUGGAUACUACUCAGCAAUCUCCAAUUGGCUUUAAAUUGGCUUCCCAAAUUAGAAAGCAUCCUCCGAAAUACUCCACAACAUGAAUCAACUCGAAUCUGGUUGACUACUGAAGAGUGUACGGGAUUCUACCCCGGGUUAGCAGGACUGUGUUUGAAACUCGCUUACGAACCACCAGAGGGCGUGAAGCGCAACCUCAAGAGAUCGCUGCGUCAAUUGCAGAGCUACAGACCCCAGUCUAAAGACUCCGAGGGCAUUUUCGUGCUGGCCUGGUUGCAUGCAGUCCUUCAGGAACGCAGAAAGUUCGUUCCACGUGGCUGGAUCCGCGCUUACGAAUGGAACGAAGCCGACUUGGAGGCUGCGCGUGAGCUCGUGGUUAAUUACGCGCUGAAAUUCAAUCCUGCUGCGCGCCUAGACUGGGAAGAAGGCCGCGGAUUGUUGGAUAUCGCGAUCUAUGGGGGAAGAUUGCAGGAUCGGUUUGAUAUGAGGGUUUUGGAAGCUAUCAUACAAGAUCUCUGGUCUCAAGAUGUCUUCCAGGGACGUCGAAGACUAGGGAAACUUAUCAGUGUACCUGAGGCUUGUAAGAAAGAUUCUAUGAGAGUUAUUGAUCAACUGGCAGAUACUGAUGACCCGCUGGAAAUAUUCGGGUUACCGGCUAACGCGCUCAGAGCCUGGGAAAGAUCUGCCGCUGAGAUCGUUAUUACUGAUCUCAAAGGCAUGUUCGAUAAGUCUUUCAAUACAUCUGACAAAAAGUUAUCGAAAAAAUCUGAUACUAAAUUACAACGUGACCUUAAAAAUUACUAUGAACAAUAUUCAUCAUCACUUUCGAAAAUAAAAGUGACAACGACACCGACAAAUCAUCCAAUUGAACAAUUUUUCAAUAAUGAAACUCGUAAUUAUAAUAAAUUACUAUCUAAUUUGAGAGAAGACAUCAUCAAUAAUAAAAUAAUUACCUCAAAAACACCAGAAAAUUGGCUUGACUACUGGCCAUCGGGAUCUAAAGAAAUUCUAUCAUUUAUCAACGAUCUGAUAGCACGCAGUAAAUUUUUGUCAUCAAUAAAUACAAACAAUCUUCUCAUAACCUCAAAUGAAUACAAAAAAAUAAAUAUUAUAAACUUAAGUUACUUAUCCCGUCCCAAAGGUUUUCUAGCAGCAGUAAAACAAUUUACAGCGCGAGAAUUAUCCAUUGGAUUGAAUGAAUUGACUUUGAAGGCCAUCUGGCUGGACAAUAACGAACUGACAUCUCAAAAAACUUCAAGCCAUGACAAAGGAAUUAUUAUUAACGGCCUGCUAAUUACAGGAGCAACUAUCAGUAAUGGAAAUUUGAUUGAAGUAAAUGAUAAAUCGUCAGCUGUCAUCAAUACUCCUUUAUGUUUAUUGAAAUACGUCCGCGGCGACGAUUACGUCUCUAGCAAACAAGACGAAGGAAUUGAGAUACCAGUUUACAAUAAUUUACAGAGAGAUGAAUUGAUUUGCUCAUUGAAGGUUAAUUGUAGUAGGGAUCGACGCAAUGAAUGGAUAAAAAGAAAUGUUAUUAUUUAUUUAGGUCUUAACUAAUUAUUUAUGUGUAAAGAAAAAUUGUAGCAAAUAUGGGGACCAAAUAAAGAAAUUUAUGAUACCAAAUCUCUAGUUUCAUAACAAUCCGCCUGAACAUGGGGGUGGGGUUUCAAGGUCAAGCAUUAAAGGGUAAGGAAAGUUUUAUGUAAAUCUAUAUCUCUUACUUGGAUUUUUACGAUAUAGGAAAGCAUGUGGUCGAGUUCAUCAUAAUUUUCAUGGAUAGGAAUCU